AUGGAGAUAGAUCAGCAGAGCGUCGUGCUCGACGUCUACGUUGGGCUCCAUGUGAGAUUCUGGCAGCCGUCGAGGUCAAGCGAUCCGCGGGUUGGGACUGGUGUGGGCUACGCGCCUGCCGCGGUCAUGGUGGGUAGUUCCAAAGGUUGGACACAUGCCUCUCAAUCGCUGUCGUCCACCCGCAUCACCAUCAUCAUUGGCUAG